AUGCUAAGAUCAGCAGGUGUGGCCGCCGAUAUCUCUCACAUCAACACCAAGUCCGAGGUGAAGGGUUAUGAUCCAACUCCAUCGGGUCUGCGAGAGUGCUUGACUGGUGCUGAGAUUGUUCUCAUCCCGGCUGGCGUUCCUCGAAAGCCAGGCAUGACACGUGAUGAUCUCUUCAACACCAACGCUAGCAUCGUCCGGGAUCUCGCAAAGGCCUGCGCCGAGGCUUGCCCAGAGGCAAAUCUUUUGAUCAUUUCCAACCCCGUGAACUCGACCGUCCCAAUUUGCGCGGAGGUCUUGAAGAGCAGAGGCGUUUACAACCCCAAAAGACUCUUUGGUGUCACCACCCUCGACGUUGUCCGAGCUUCGCGAUUCGUCUCCGAGAUCAAGGGAUCUGACCCAGCCAACGAGAAUAUCACUGUCGUCGGUGGUCACUCUGGUGUGACGAUCGUCCCAUUGAUCUCGCAAUCCGGUCACUCCGACAUCAGCGGCGAGAAGCUCGAUACUCUUGUCAACAGAAUCCAGUUCGGUGGUGACGAGGUCGUCAAAGCCAAGGAUGGUGCAGGAUCUGCCACUCUGUCCAUGGCUAUGGCUGGUGCUCGCUUCGCAGAGAGCUUGCUCCGAGCUUCCCAGGGUGAGACCGGUGUCGUCGAGCCAACCUUCGUCGACAGCCCACUUUACAAGAGUAAGGGCGUUGACUUCUUCGCCUCAAAGGUUACUCUAGGUCCAGAUGGUGUACAGGAGAUUCACGAUGUUGGCAAGCUUACUUCGCACGAGGAGGGACUCUUGGAUGCCUGCUUGGCUGACCUCAAGAAGAACAUUGAGAAGGGUGUCAAGUUCGUUGCUGAGAACCCACCAAAAUAG